CCAUCAAACGCUUUACCCGGAAGUAGUGUCGUGACGUUGCUAGCUAUGUGGCGCUGUUGAAAUGAUUUAGAAUUCAACAUUUUUGCUCUUGUGUUUUAACUUGGUGAGCUGAAAAUGCGAGUGUUUCGUUUUAAAGUUUUAUGUUUGUCUUUUUUGCUUUUUGUCGUAAACCUUUCCGUAUCGGUGCGAGUCAACAAAGGAAACUCCUUUAAUGAGCCCGACAGAAGAAGUGAACACGCCGAGGCGAAGGCGCAACAAAAUGUCAACACAGCUGGUGACAACAAGGAUACACAAAAAAAUAAUGACAAAGAAGGUGUAUCAGAUACAGAGGACUCGCAGAAGGAUGGGCAGACUCUCAGGUCAAAUAGCACUGCUAAACCAUAUGGUAAUGACACCCUCCACCCUAAAACAUCUGCGAAACCGACCACAACAACCCCACCCACCCCUAAACCCAUCCUGCCUGUGCAGACGGGGGUCAAGGCCCAAGAAGAAGAGCAGUCUAGUGGGAUGACCAUAUUCUUCAGUCUGCUCGUUAUUGGUAUCUGCAUCAUAUUGGUGCAUCUGCUCAUCAAGUUCAAGCUGCAUUUUCUUCCAGAGAGUGUGGCUGUUGUGUCUCUUGGAAUCUUAAUGGGAGGCUUCAUUAACUUCAUUGAGUUCCAGGAACUGGCGGACUGGAAGGAGGAGGAAAUGUUCCGGCCCAACAUGUUCUUUCUUCUGAUUCUGCCACCAAUUAUCUUUGAGUCGGGAUACUCUCUCCAUAAGGGGAACUUUUUCCAGAACAUUGGCUCCAUCACCUUGUUUGCUGUUAUUGGCACUGCCAUCUCUGCCUUCAUAGUUGGAGGAGGAAUCUAUUUCCUUGGCCAGGCUGAUGUAAUCUACAAAAUGACCAUGACUGACAGCUUUGCCUUUGGCUCCUUAAUUUCCGCUGUGGACCCUGUUGCCACGAUCGCAAUAUUUAACGCCCUCAACGUGGACCCAGUGCUCAACAUGCUGGUGUUUGGGGAAAGCAUCCUUAAUGAUGCCGUCUCUAUUGUCCUCACAAACACAGCAGAGGGUUUCUUUUCCCGCUCCGACAUGACUGGCUGGGAGACCUUUGCACAAGCUCUGGGAUACUUCCUCAAGAUGUUUUUUGGUUCUGCUGCUCUGGGGACCCUCACUGGACUCAUUUCCGCUCUCUUCUUGAAACACUUUGACCUGAGGAAGACGCCGUCCCUGGAGUUUGGCAUGAUGAUAAUCUUUGCUUACCUUCCCUACGGUCUGGCAGAGGGAAUCAAACUGUCAGGAAUAAUGUCCAUCCUGUUUGCCGGGAUCGCCAUGUCCCACUACACCCAUCACAACCUCUCGCCUGUCACCCAGAUCCUCAUGCAGCAAACACUACGGACCGUAGCCUUCAUGUGUGAGACCUGUGUGUUUGCCUUCCUCGGGCUCUCCAUCUUUAGUUUCCCACACAAAUUUGAAAUAUCUUUCGUCAUUUGGUGCAUCGUCCUGGUUCUUCUCGGUAGAGCUGUGAAUAUCUUUCCUCUUUCGUUCUUGCUGAACUUUUUCAGAGAUCACAAAAUCACGCCAAAAAUGAUGUUCAUCAUGUGGUUCAGUGGCUUGCGAGGUGCCAUUCCCUACGCUCUGAGCCUUCAUUUAGGCCUGGAACCCAUUGAGAAACGGCAGUUAAUCGGCACCACCACCAUCAUCAUUGUGCUGUUUACCAUCCUGGUCCUCGGGGGCGGGACCAUGCCACUCAUCCGCCUCAUGGACAUUGAAGAGAGCCAGUCACGGCGUAAAAACAAGAAGGACGUCAACCUCAGCAAGACAGAGAAGAUGGGUAACACCAUCGAGUCGGAGCACCUAUCAGAACUGACAGAAGAAGAGUAUGAAGCCCAGAUCUACCAGAGACGAGACCUGAAGGGCUUCAUGUGGCUCGAUGCCAAGUACCUUAAUCCAUUCUUUACUCGCAGACUCACCCAAGAGGACCUGCUGCACGGCCGCAUCCAGAUGAAGACUCUGACCAACAAGUGGUAUGAGGAAGUUCGUCAGGGACCAUCGGGGUCAGAGGAUGACGAGGAUGAAGCUGAGCUGCUUUGAAGCUUUUUUUGAUCUCCGAUGACAACAGUGAACUGGCAUUGUGUGUUCUGGGCAGCAGGCGUGUCUGUUUUAUAGACAAGAGCCCUGGUAGCUGGUCCGUCACACGCAGCCUCCUAGCGUAACGUCACCGACGGAAAUGUGCAGAAUCAUUUUCUCACUAUGAUGGGAUUCAAAAAAAUGUAGCACUGGAUGAUGAAAAGGAAACUGUGAAAUUCCGGUUGUUAUGAAUGUUCUGCUGCUUCCUGAUGAAGAAACUAGAUCGUUUUACUUUCUAUUUGUGAUUUCUGGAAUGGGGAUCUUUUCUCUCUUUAAGGAUGGUCACUGUGGUCUGAAAGGAAAAACUAGAGGGUACCGAAAUAUAAACGGACUCAACUGUAGAGCAACAUCUUUUUUAAUAUGUUGUCUUCAUAUUCGUUUGGUAAUUGCAUUUAAGUUGGACGUUUUGGAAAGAAUAUAGAAACAUUUUGCUGCAGGCACGGCUUUAGAAAUUAUAUUUGCCAAGUUUUCUUAUCUUUCGGUUUAAUUCCACUUAAAUCUGUGCGUGCCUCUACGUUUGUAUGCUUUAAUAGUCGAGGUAUUUAUUUUAAGAAAUCCGAUGUGCUGCAGUUUAGCACAGAUGAAUGGUAGAUCAGCUACUACUGUCAAAGCGAGGUGAAUGGGGGGAAAAGAUCAGUUACAGACAAAUAUUUUUGGGGACAUUUUUUUUUGGAUUCUGUCUAAGAUGCACCUUAGAAAUGUCUACUGUUUGACUUUCACUAUGGUUGGAUUAUGAAUAUGAGUACAGAUGAAUGUGGGAAAAUCUUCAUAUUUAUUGAUAUUUUAUGUCCUGUUUGUGUGAUUUUUGCACACGUACUUUUGAGCCACACAGGAUUACAAAAAUAAAGUGCAUUGGGUACUGCAA